UGUUUGGACUUACAUUGACUUUACUUUAGUUUCGGUUGGCAUUUAUUUCCAACCAUUAUCAAGAGAAUAACGAUCAAAUUCUCAUAGCACUUUUCUUAAGGGUGUUUUGUUAUUCAUGGCUUGGUUGGUUCGCCUCCGUCGGUGACCCUAUCAGUCUUUAGAAAUGCGGAAUCUUUAAGAUAACUCCCAGAGGUGUUCAUCUAUGGAAACUCGAAUUAGGGAACAUAGAAAUAAUGUAGAACAUUGUCCAGGAUGCAUGGGAGAAGAAACACCAAAUCCUCCGAUCAGAAGUAAAAAUGGUUCAUAUGGAGCAGCAUUAGUACAAGAAGAAGUACAAGAAAGCAAUUUUCAUCCAGGGAAACAUGACUAAGAGAGAUAUAACGUCGGUGUCGGACUGGGAUGGGUAUCAGUAUUUUAUGUGUUUAAAAUAUAGGUUGGGUGGGAAAAUAUCAGGCUAAGUUGCAAAUUUUUAUUGUUUUCAGAACAAGUGGAUAUCCGCCAAUCUAGGUCCUAGGAUCAGGAACUCGAGCUUCUCGCAUCUGAAGAUCAUUGCGCAUGAUGAAUCAAGAGGUUCGCUACUAUUCUUUAAUGAGUUCACCUUAUCCAACGACGACGUUGUCAACUAUUUGGAUGGGGUUGGAAUUCACUGGUACUCGGAUAAUGCGAUACCUCCUAGUGCGUUGGAACUGGCGUCUACUAGUAAAAAGGACCUGUUCAAACUUUCCACUGAAGCAUGCACGGGGUUUGCCCAUUUCCUUGAAAUGGAACCAGCAGUGCUAUUAGGAAGUUGGGAGAGGGGUGUCUCUUAUAUCGAAGAUAUUUUGGAGAAUCUAGAAAAUGACGUCGUCGGGUGGAUCGAUUGGAACAUGGUUUUAGACACCGAAGGUGGCCCGACCUGGGUUGGAAACACCGUGGACGCGCCCGUCAUCGCGAACGCCACUGCCGGAGAGUUUUACAAGCAGCCGAUGUUCUAUGGGCUGGGUCAUUUUUCGAAAUUCGUCACCCCGGGUUCUGUCCGAAUUGAUGCCACGACCAAUACCGAUCUCAAAGUUCUGGCAUUUUUGAGACCCGACGAAAAACUGGCACUCAUUUUGUGGAAUAGGGACGACGCAGCUGUGAGCGCGGAAAUUCAGAUUCUUGGAUCGGCAACAUCGCUCGAAGUCCCAGCAUCUUCGCUAAAUACGCUUCUCUACUUUCCCUAAUUGCGGGAAGGUAGUUUACAAUAUGGGCU